AUGAACGAUAAAAAAAAAGUCAAGAGAAAACUUCCAGAUUGGUUAUCAAAUCCAUCUGUUGUUUCGGUAGAUUUAAAAAAUUUAAAUUACACAAUAGAUUCUAUUUCAGGAUUAGAUAAAAUUUUUAUUGAUAAAUUGAGAGCUAAUGGAAUAACACAUUUUUUUCCAGUUCAACAUCAAGUCAUUCCAUGUGUUUUAGAAAACGAAAGAAAGCCAUAUUUGUUAUGGCCAAAUGAUAUUUGUGUUUCUGCUCCAACAGGAAGUGGAAAAACUCUUGCUUUUGUUCUGCCAAUAUUGCAAGUAUUGUACAAGAGAAUUAUUCCCAAAAUAAGAGCACUUGUAGUAUUACCAGUUCAAGAUUUAGCUAAUCAAGUUUUUAAAGUGUUUGAAACAUAUGCUGAACCAACUGAUCUUAAAGUACUCUUGCUUACCCCUAAAAGAUCUUUUACUGCAGAACAAAAUUUAUUAUAUAAAUUUGAUGAUUUAGGAAAUUAUCAUUCUUUAACAGAUAUAAUAGUAACCACUCCCGGUAGACUGGUAGAACAUUUGACAAAAACAAACGAAUUGAAUUUCUCCGAAUUAAAAUACUUGGUCAUAGAUGAAGCUGAUAGGGUCAUGGAAAAUGUUCAAAAUGACUGGCUGUAUCAUCUUAACAAAUAUAUAAAUUCAGAAUGCUGCAAAUCAUAUCAAGCUCCGAUAGUAAGUUACAAUAAUAUUUUAAAUCAAAAAAGACCUCCUAACAAGCUAUUAUUUUCUGCUACAUUAUCUCAAGAUCCUGAAAAACUUCAAGCUUUGGGAUUAUUUCAUCCUAGACUUUUUACAUCGGUGGUCGAAUCUGGUAAAUCAACAGAAAAAAAUAAUAAUGAUGAAUCAAAAUUUAUUGGUAAAUAUACUACACCUGCUGAACUGAAAGAAUAUUACACUGUUUGUUCGAAAGUAAAUAAGCCACUUUUGUUGCAUCAUUUAUUAAUAAGCAAAUCUUGGAAAAAUAUUUUAUGUUUCGUCAACUCUUCUGCUGCAACUUUUAAAUUAGCUUUUAUUUUAAAAAAACUGUGUAAAAAGAAAUAUACUGUGCAACAAUUAUCAGCAAACAUAGUGCAGAGCAAAAGGAAUCGUAUUCUGCAAAAUUUUGAAAAUGGCAAAGUAGAUAUUUUAAUUAGUUCUGACGCGUUGGCCAGAGGUAUUGAUAUCCCAAAUGUGAAAUAUGUUGUUUCAUACGAUUGUCCUAAAUUUGUCAAAACCUACGUUCAUAGAAUUGGUCGUACUGGUCGUGCCGGGAAAGAAGGACAUUCAUUAGCAUUUCUUACAUCGAAAGAAGUGACGUCAUUUAAUAAAAUGGUAUCUGCUGCUGGGAAAAAUUCAGUAGACGUUUUUAACUUUGAAGUCGAAGAAUUAGAGCAAUAUGAAGUUACUUACAAAAAAGCAUUAUUGUUAUUAGGAAACUAUUUAGAGAAACAAAAAUCUAAGAUUAUAAAAAAAACUAAAGCCAAUAAAAAAGUUUUGCCUGUAUCCAAAAAAAAAGUUUUGACGAAGAAAGUAAACAUACCGCAAGACUGA